AUGCCUGACUGGACGUCACUUCCAUAUGACAACGUCUGCAACAUCGGCGAAUGCUUGCUGUCCAACAACGACAUCGACAACUACAUGGCCUUACGCGCUGUCUGCCAUGACUGGCGCUCCGCCACAAAGGACUACCCCGAGAAGGGGGACUACACCGACCCUCACUACUUCAAGCCUAGUAAAUGGGCAUUGCUCGAUCUAUGCGAUGACCUUAUCACACUGGUGAACAUCGACACUGGUCGAUUCCUCCAUAAGAGCAUGCCGCUACUCCGCGGUUUUUUCUUCGUCGGCGCCACAUGCGGCGGCCUCAUCCUACUUGGGGAAUCAACGAAGCCCCACCAGGCCUGUGUUCUCAACCCGUUCACGGGCUCAAUCGUGCAUUUGAAGGCGAGCAUACCUGAUGUAGGGGUAAGGGCGGUUGCCAUGACAACAAAACCAUUGAUGGUCUUCGUCUCCACCAAGAAUUGCGACAUCUUGUGGGCAGAUCAAAACAACAAGUACUUCGAGCAAUUUUGGACCAAUUAUCCUUACAAACCUACAUGCAUGGUGUCCUUCGCAGAAAAUGUGUAUGUCACUGAUCUGUGCGGAUCAAUCCACUCGCUCACAGUUGCUGAUGUCGUUGUUGGGGAACAAAGGCACAAGUGCUCAGCACUGACAAUCUCGAUGGAAACCAUCUUCCCUAGUAUUGGAGACACAAGCCACCAAGGACUAACAGAGGGCGGCAGAUAUUAUCUUAUGAAGUCUGGGGAAGAUCUGCUUCUUGUGGCCAAACCGUUAUACUUUACUCUCGAUCAACCAGUUGUUCGUAGAGUGGAUAUCGAGAAGAAGGUGCUUGAGCCAGUCAGUACCAUCGGCAAGCGUGCUCUAUUCGUCAGCCAUGCAAAGGGCCUCUCCGUCAACGCUGACAAGUUUCAGGGCAUCCUUGGUGGAUGCAUUCACUUUAUAGAGCCAAUGCUAACUCGAGGGAACUUUGAGCCUUCAAAAGUGACGAUUUUUCAUGUUGCUGAUAGGCGCAUCAUGGUUGAAUGGGAUGCCCUAGAAGGUUGCUUCCGUCCAUUCACCCUCGCCCAAGUGUUCACAGAUUACUGCAGGCCCAUUCAUUAUUCUGAACUAUACCAUAUGAUGGCCAACGAGUGGGGUUACUCAGAUGAUGGAUUUGAAUCCGACGAAGACUCGUCCUCUCAACUUGAUGAUGAAUCAUCCUCCUCUGAACUUGGUGAUGAAUCAUCCUCCAACGAACCUAACGACUAA